AUGGUGGAGAACAUGUCUCCUCUAAGGAUCGUGCUGCUGGGGAAAACUGGUUCUGGAAAGAGUGCCUCAGGAAACACCAUCCUGGGGAGGGAAGCUUUUAAAGAGGACUACUCAUUUGAAUCUGUGACUAAAACCUGCAGUAAUCAACAUACUGUAGUGAAUGGCAGAGAAAUUACAGUGAUUGAUACACCAGGAUUGUGUGAUACAGAAAAGCCUACAGAAGAGCUGAAGGGUGAGCUGGAGAAGUGUGUUGAGAUGUCUCUCCCUGGGCCUCAUGCCUUCCUGCUGGUGAUCAGAUUAGGUGUGAGGUUCACAGAGGAGGAGAGGAAUGCUGUGAAGUGGAUCCAGGAGAACUUUGGUGAGGGGGCGCUGAAGUACACUAUAGUGCUCUUCACUCAUGGGGAUGUGCUGAAGGGGAAACCAGUGGAGAAUGUUCUGAGUGAAAGUCCUGCUCUCUCAUCUCUUACUAAACAUUUUGGGGAGCGAUAUCACGUCUUCAACAAUGAGAGUAAUGACAGCACUCAGGUCAGAGAGCUAAAGGAGAAAAUUGAGGCCAUGGUGGAGAAGAAUGGGGGAGCAAACUACACCCAUGAGAUGUACAAGGAGGCGCAGAGAAGAAUAAGAGAAAAGGAGGAGAGAGAAAGAGAAGAGGAGAGAAAGAAAAAACAAGAAGCAGAGAGGGAGUUAGAAAAGGAGCGGAAAAAGAGGGAAGAGGCAGAGAUGAAGGUAGAGGAAGAAAGGAGGAAGAGAGUGGAAGCAGAAGAGGAGAUGAAGAGGGCAGAAGAGGAGAAGAAGAGGGCAGAAGAGGAGAGGAAGAGGGCAGAAGAGGAGAGGAAGAGGGCAGAAGAGGAGAAGAAGAGGGCAGAAGAAGAGAAGAGGGCAAAAGAGGAGAAGAAGAGGGCAGAAGAGGAGAUGAAGAAGAGGGGCAAUGCCGAUGUCUUCUGGUCCGUCUCUCGAAGCAUGUUCCUUCACAACGUAAACCCUCACAGUGGUGUCUUCAAUGGCCUAGUUGAUGGCGUUUUCAUCGAUGCCCUGUACAAAGACAAAG